AUGACGUUGAGUGCUCAAGAAAUCAUUGAUAUCAUUUCUGAUGACCAGAAAUAUGUGCAACACACAAGUUUACGAUGCUCCAACAAAGAUGGACAAGUUCAAACAUUCACAAUUCCGAGAUAUUCGUUUACUGCCUUUAGGCUCUCCUACACGUCGCCAGUGGAAUUAUCUUUGUGCUCUAAGGUGGUACUACUGGGCGGUGUACCAAGUAAUUGGUAUGAAGAACAGAAGAAUAGAAUAUGGGGCACAUUUGCAAGAUUGACUCUAAGAAAUCUAAUUAGAAACACGAACAAAUUGACCGAUUAUGGGUACAGAUCAGUCUAUGGACAACGGAGGAGGCAUAUUGUACCAAAAUUUAUGACUGAAAAGAUGACGUCCAAUAUCAAUGAGAACCAUCAAUUAUCACAACAAAGUAAACCUGAACCACAACUCCGAAAUGAAUCCAUUACAGAACCCAUAUUUCAUAUGAAAUUAGAAAACACUUCCGGAUCGCAGGAGGAAAAUACACAGACGGCUCCACUAGUCCCAGUUAUAGAAGAAGUUGAGGAGAAUCUGAGGCAAACCAGAAAAGUAAGACCCUCAUUAUUACCAAAGCAUGAGAGUUGCCCUCCAUAUUACAUGAGGAGACCCACUUUGGUUUCUGAUAAAGGGAACGAUGAAAGAGCGAAUAUACAUACUAGUACAGGCAAUAAAGCUUCAAAUGAGCGAAUUGAACUGUCCUCCUUUGAGACUAGAAUGGGAAUCACUGAUUCAGAGGAUGUCUGCCCACCCGAUGUCCAGGAUAAUAGUGUGCAUGCCAGUGCAGGUGAUGUAUGUAUUUCAAGGUACACAAACGGGAACUCGAUCAAUAAUGUAACAUCCAAAGAAAGUAUAGGUAAAACUCAAAGCAUUUCAAAAUCAAUAUUGAAUCCAGACAUUUUAAACACUCAUAUUCAGAUCCUUCAUUACUCAAACGAUCAAGGCUUUCCAGGAAAGCUAAUAUUCGACGACCAGCCUUCACCCACUGAUAAUGGUUUACACUAUAGAAGACGAAAGAGGAAAACUUCCAAAAAGGAAGGAAGAAAGGGCGUUCAUAUUCGAGACCUGAAAUCACUCCAGAUUUUAGACCCUGAACCAGAAAAGUUCAAUAAAAACUUUUAUAAAGGCCUGCCGAAAGUAAAUAACAAAAAAAGCAAUAACAUGAUGAAACGAGUAAAUGAUGCAAGGAGUUCCUCUAUUGUCAGGACCGUCACAAACGUCCAACCAGUACAAGAUGCCAAGAAGUCGCUAGUUGGUUACGUUAGAAAAUCAAAAUAUGGUGAAAUCGCACUAAGGGAGAAAAUGCUAGUGAUGGUUAAAGCUGCUGAUUCUUGUAAAGAAGCUAUGCCCUCAUUUUCAGAAACUGAACUAAUUGAUACAAGAAUUCUUGAUAGGUGGAAAGAAUACAUUGUCGUGGCAAGAAAAACUGGUGAUUUCAAUGCUCCUCUAAUCCUACAAUUCUACCAUUCUCGCAAAAUUUCGAAAACUUUCGAGGAGCGACAUAUAGAGAAGUCAUCUAUGCAUGGGAGCUCCUUGGACUUUUUUCUGGAUAGGAAUUGCGUAGUGAAUUUUUACAGCUCAUUGGAUAAAACAAUAUGUGUCCAAAAGCCAGACAAGAAAAUAUCGGAGGCGAUUAGCAAUGGUACGACCAUAAAAUACAAAGAUGUAUCCUCUUUGAAGAUUUAUAUUCUUAGAUGCCGCACAAUCCGCUCUUCUGAAAACUGGUACUCGUUCCUCCAAGAAGCAUUGAACCUGAAAAAAAUUCCAAGACGUAUACCCAUACAUGUUCCUGAUGCAAAUAUUAUCAUGAACAUUAGCAUUACGAGGAGUUUGUCAAAAUUUAUUUGUCAAUUAACUGAACAAGAAAAUUGCAAUUUAAAAAUAUCAGUACUAGAAAGAGGCUAUAAAAUUUUCCAGUCUCCAUUUCUUCGUUAUGUUUCAGUAGCAAUAUUUGAAGAAUUGAAAAGAUCAGAUGAACUUUUUUUGAUCAAGGAAUGGGAACAAACAAAUGUUAUUCUCGGGUGUGAUCUUAGGCGUUAUGAUCGUAUAGAAUGGUGCCCUGUGCAUUAUAUCAAUAUUCUAAGAACGGAAUGGGAGUUAAUGAAAACACAUAUACUGGAAUAUAGACCAUUCACCAACUAUCCGCGGCUAACAUCUAACCUUGAUGGUUCAAAAAUAGUGGAACCGCUGCCGAUUGAAGGUUUUCUAAUAAAAUAUACAAACAAAUAUGGCCGAGAAUGGUCAUCUUUUUCGAAGUUAUACUUGAAGCCAUCCUACUUCUUCACUAAUGAAAACUUUUUAUUUUACAUGUCGGCAUUUAAAACAGUUCCGCCUCUACCUAUUGAAUCCAGCUUUGAUAAUCUAGGUGAUUUAUGUCAACUGGACAGAGACAAGGAGAUCAUUGAUUCCCUACCGUAUAUUUAUGAGCAAGAUCCUUACCACUUAGAAUUAGAUGGCCAUAUUUCCUGGUUGAACGAAAAUACAACAUCCACAACAUUUAAUAAAAAUGAUUUAUAUGCAUUUAAAUGUUUCAAUAGACGUGUCGCACAAAUACUGAAGUCAGAGGGUAUUUUAGAUUUAACUAAGGUAAAUAAAAUUUGUCAAGGUGAACUGGUCAGUUUAAAAAAUAAUGAGCUUAAAUAUUCCAUUUUGAAAUCGGCAAAUUUUACGUUUUGGGAAAGGAGGGCUGAAUUAGAUGACACUGUAAGAUCCACAAUUUUGAUUGAGACUUCAGAUAAUUUAAAAUUAAAACUUCUUGCACCAUCACCUAUAAUUGCGCAUGAAUGGGUAGAAUCAUUAUCUAAUAUGGUUACUUAUUGGAAACAAAGGCAGAUUGAUGAUACGAAGAAAAUGUGGAGUAUGAAGACCUUGAAUUUGAAAAAUCUAAAGAUUGCAGAAACAGAAGAAGCAAAUAUAUGUGAAAACACGCCAAAAUGGGUAUCAGAUCGUGGAUUAGCAGAUCCUACAUUGUUUAAUGUGAACGCACUAUCACUUCUACGACCCUUGAUUCAAAAGGGAAUAUUAUACUGGAAACCAAAGAAGCACUCUAUCUUUUCAAAAUAUUUUGUUAUCUUGAUUCCAGGAUUCAUACUCCUAUUUAAUUGUUUUCACAGAUCAACUACGGGGUUUGCAAAGAAAGUAGUAGAUUAUGAACAUUACAUGACAAUCCCAAUUGAUGAAUGCUACUUGUAUUCGGGUACUACUACCGAACCUGAUUUGCUUAAAAGAGAUCACACAUUUGAUUUUAUCAAUCCUGGAAAUCAUGCUUUACCAAGGGCAUAUAAUGAUGGCUGGAAAUCAACAGAGAAAGAAUCUUCCAGGUGUUUUACGUUGUGGAUAGGUUCUAAGAGAGCCAUAUCAAACUAUUCUUUAGAAGAUGAGCAUGUCACUGAAAGUGGUCAUAGUGAGUUGAACAGUAUGAAAAAGAAAACUGAGAAAGAUAAAGGAUUUAAGAAGGACAAAAAGACAGUCAGAGUAGUCAAUAGGCUCGGUGUCAAUGGUAAAUCCAUGGUUUUUAUGGCAAGAUCAAGACAAGAAAGAGAUAUAUGGGUUUUGGCACUGUAUUAUGAGCUAGAACGGAUUAAGAAUGCUAGUGAUCAUGAUAGUUAA